GUCAGGAGUUUAAAGGGCAGAGUUGUAAAAACUCCCAGGCAGUGGGGAGUCGGAUUGCCAGACGACAGACUCCAAAAAAAAUAAAAAAUAAAAAUAACGCAAUUACCUGAAGAACUAACUUGAUGCAGCCGAACUGGAAUAAUCUUUUCAAUAACUGACGCGGAAGAACAAACGGAGAGAAACACGGUCGUUUAAUGAGCGUGAGAAGAUUUUCCUGUGGAACUGCAAGCGUUUCCUCGUCCACCAGCACCGAUCACUACUGCCUCGGAGGUUUUUGCAGCACUCGACUGAAGACGGCACAGCUAUGCAGCUUGAAAUCCAAGUAGCGCUGAACUUCAUCAUCUCGUACCUGUACAACAAACUCCCACGGCGACGAGUCAACAUCUUCGGCGAGGAGCUGGAGAGGCAGCUGAAGAAGAAGUACGAAGGACACUGGUACCCCGACAAGCCAUACAAAGGAUCCGGGUUCAGGUGCAUACACGUGGGCGAGAAGGUGGACCCGGUCGUGGAGGAAGCAGCCAAAGAAAGCGGGCUGGACAUCGAGGACGUCCGCAAUAACUUGCCUCAGGACCUCAGCGUUUGGAUCGACCCCUUCGAGGUGUCCUACCAGAUCGGCGAGAAGGGAGCGGUCAAGGUGCUAUACGUGGACGAUAAUGGCGAGAACGGCUCGGAGCUGGACAAGGAGAUCAGGAACAGUUUUAACCCGGAGGCUCAGGUCUUCAUGCCAAUCACCGACCCCGUGGGCGUCUCCUCCGAGUCCAGUUCUCCGUCGCCGCCGCCGUUCGGCCAGUCAGCGGCCGUCAGCCCAUCCUUCAUGCCACGCUCCGCUCAGCCUUUAACCUUCACCACGGCCUCCUUCGCCGCCACCAAGUUCGGCUCCACCAAGAUGAAGAACAGCGGCCGCAACGGCGGCAAAGUCGCGCGCAGCUCUCCCACCAACCUGGGCCUGAAUGUCAACAGCCUGCUCAAGCAGAAAGCCAUCUCCAACUCCAUGCAUUCGCUCUACGGUUUCGGCCUCGGAAGUCCGCAGCAGCAGCAGCAGCAGAAAGCAGCUUCAGCCUUGUCUCCCAACGCCAAGGAGUUUGUGUUCCCCAACCUCCAGGGCCAAGGGAGCGCCGGCGCGAUGUUCGCGAGCGAGAACGCCCUCAGCCCUCUGCCGUACAGCAAUGCCUUCGACGUGUUCGCGGCGUACGGGAGCAUCAACGACAAGUCCCUGAUGGACGGCUUAAACUUCAGCCUCAGCAACAUGCAGUAUUCAAACCAGCAAUUCCAGCCGGUCAUGGCUAACUAAUGGAAUGAUUGUUGGAGAAAGGAAAACCGAAGGCAAAGACGCACACAAGUUCGACUGUGGAAAAUGAAGAUCCCUAUUAGUCACCGAUAAGCGCAUGUGCCCAAGGGUGUUUAUUUUUAUUUUAUUUUAUUUCUCCCUAAUCUCUUUCUCUGCCCCCUUGAGUUCGUACUGAGAAGCUCUCACACACACACACACACUCUCACACACAGCUUGGUCAACACGCGUCAAUGUUUUCUUUUCCUUUUUUGCCAAUAAAGCAAAAAAAACAUUUUUUUACUACCUUUUGGAAGAAAAAUACUCUAAAACAUUAGGGAAAAAAAAAAAACAUUCUGGCCUCUUACAGUAUUUUAAAGUUGGGCUGAUUUUUAAGAAAUUGGCACUAAUGCAUAUAUAUAUAUCUGGGGUUACGUGGUCUUUUUUCUAAUUGUAUAAUUUAAUUGAGUACAGAGUUUGUAAAAUAUCAGAGUAUAUAUAUUGUUUCUACAACAUGGUAUUGCAUUUAUAUCUUUUUACUACUCCAGUGAUCUGUGAUGGCUGCAGAAGCUUUAUGUUAUAAUAUAUUUUGUUUUGUUUUUUUGUUUUUGUUUCUUUUUUUAAAUUGUUAAAGAAAUUCAUCUUUAAAAAAAAAAAAAUAGAUCAAAUUCUAAAGAUUGUGUACAGAAUAUUCCUUAGUGUUGGGAUUUCAGUGUAGGAAUAUUUGCUUUUUUGAAACAAAAAGAGUUGUAUUUUCUGUUAAGAGUUAAACAGAUUUUUGCUAUAUUAUGGACAAUGUAAUCGUAUAUAUUAAUUUUGUACCUACAUUGUGCAAUACUUGAUAAAAAAUAUGGUAUAACAAAGUAUUUUGAGUCAGUGUCUUACAUGUCAAGAGGGACUGAAAUAGUUUAUAUUAAGUUUGUAUUAAAAUGCUUGAAAUAUGCUUGUCUUACUUUUGUUUUUUCUUUUUUUAUUUGACAUUUGCACCCUGGCCUUUUUCAAUAAAAGACAAUUUAGGCAAGAAUAAA